AGUGAGAGGUAGUAGUGCUCGCCUCGCAGUAAAACCCGGAAGAGACGAACCUUACAUGUUGAUGUACUCUAGCUCGGCUGAUGGCGAAUUUCGAAAAUGUUAAGAACAAAUAAAUGGAUACGUUCUAGUUUUUUUUAAAAAUCUGUGUAUAAUGUUUUUGUGUUUUGUAUUAAUGUUUGUAUUACUGUAUCUUGGCGAUGCUCAGCAAGUCUGUUUUUCAGAGGAUCAUUACCUCCACUUCAAGUUUACAGCACUUUCCAAAGCAGACACUUUCCCAGAGUUCAGUGCUGUAGCUGUUGCUGAUGACAGACAGAUCAAACACUACAGUAAUGAAGAAAGAGACUGGAUCCUGACUGCAGAUAACUGGAUCAAUCCUCCUGAAGAACCACCUGAUUCUAGAGACUGGUUCCUUCAUCAGUUAAAAUCUCUGUCAAACUGCACAGACUCUCAGUGCUUUGAGCCCCAUGUUCUUCAGAGAGUAAUUGGUUGUGAACUAGAGAAAUCUCCUGAAGGAACAGUGAGUCUGAGAGCAUUUGAUGAAUAUGGGUUUGAUGGAGAGGAUUUUAUGUCCUUUGAUUCUGACACUCAGCAGUGGAUUGAGAAAAACCCCAAAGCUAAAGAAACCAAAAUCAAAUGGGAUCAGCAAACUGGACGCAAUAAACUCCUGCACCAUUACCUGAAGACCUGCACUGACUGGAUCUCCAGCUUUAACAACACAAAGAAGAAUUCACCAGAUGUUGGUUUGUUUGUGAAGAAAGCUCCUGAUGAUCACAGUAAGCUGGUUCUGAUCUGUCUGGUCACUGGUUUCUACCCCAGAGAUAUUGAGAUGAACAUCAGAUUGAACAGAAUUAAUAUUCAGAACCAAAUAUCAUCUGGAGUCAGACCCAAUGAUGAUGAAACCUUUCAGAUGAGAUCCAGUGUGAAGAUCGACAGAAACCACAGAGGAUCUUAUGACUGUCAUGUCAUUCACAGCAGUCUGACAGAACCAGUGUCAGUAAACUGGGAUGGAACAUGUAUUGACUGUGAAAAAGGAGUUCUAUGGUUUGUUAUAGCAGGAUUAGCAGUUCUAGUUCUAGUUCUAGUUCUCGCUGUGAUUGGUUACUGCAUCUACAAAAAGAAAAAGUCAAAUGAUUACAGAUAUGGUUGCGAUGAUGGUGUAGAGAGGAACAUGAUUACACCAGUUUAGUCAUGUUUUUUGCACUGAAUUUAAUUGUAAUCGAUCUACUGACUGAACUGGGGUUAAUUUACUGUGGUUGAGGACACUCAUUACACAUGAAACUGCAUGGAUCUUCGCACAAAUCUUCUGGAUCUGCAUAAAAUAUAGUAUGAUUUCAAUUUGUUAUUUUUUUAUUUUAUUGUUCCUUCAGAAUUUUAAACCUGUGUUACUUUUAUUUUAAUAAUAAUACAUAAUUAUGACCAUUUAUGUGCCUUAAUACUCCGUUGAAAUAUGAUGCUGCUUUUUCAUGUUUCUUCGAAGAAUCAAAAACAUACCUAACAUGAGUUACAAGUGUAGCAUAACUCUCUGUUGUUGUUGAUGAAACGAAUUUAAAUGAAACGUCUUAUAAGAAGGAGAUGCAAAGGACUGCUUUGAAACAGAUUUACUUCUCAUUUGGAUAUUAAUGUAAAUAUCACUAGUUGAGACAAACGUCUACACUAUUUAUGAGGUUAGAAUCCCACUGAAAAACCAUAAUGUCUAUUUCAAUUGAUUUAGAUGUAUUUAAUCUUUUGCUCAAGAAAUACCACUAUUUCAUAAAAAUAUUCAUUUUUAUGUUAUUCUGCACUAUAAAAAAUAAAAAAAGAUUAUGAGCUUAACAGUAACAGUUCAAAACCUGUUAAUUGGUUUAACAGGUUAACUGUAUGUAGUGAAAACAGUGGUGUAGUGGAGAGUAUACUGCUUAUAUACUGACUAAUUAUAUUGCCAAGGACCGCCCAAAAAUACAAUUCUGCUUACACCACUGGUGAGAACAAAAAAGGACAGUUUUCCUUAGAAAGUUCCAGCCGGAAAGAAAUAAUAUUAUGUGGAAAAUGGGUUUUAUGCUGUAAGGUUGCAGUGAAGCUUUUACUGUGGACCAGUUACUGAAAUGAAAUCUACAGCAUCUGAAAGCAAGGUUGUUGUGGUUUUAUUAUCUGGUUUGAGCAAAGUUUUAAAAACUGUGAUAUAUUGAGAUAAUGUAGCCUUUUUUUGUAAUUACGUUACCAGGCAUCUUAUUGUAGGGGUCAAUUUUCCGGGGACAGUCCCGGUUUUUAGUGUUCUGUCCCCGACUGAAGUUGUUCCUAGUGUUUUAUGGUGUCUCCUUUAUCUAUACACCUUUUACCUAUUUAUUUAUUAUUCUCAGGUAGGUAAGGAAAGUCGACUAUAGACAAAACUAUAAGCAUUCCAAUAGUACUUACAAUUUGCUCUGAAGACUUCCUUGUUGUCAGUUCAAUACUACGACUUAGGUGCCCUUGAGAAAGGCAUCGAACCCCCAACUGCUCCCCGGGCGCCGCAGCAUAAAUGGCUGCCCACUACUCCGGGUGUGUGCUCACAGUGUGUGUGUGUGUGUGUGUGUGUGUGUGUUCACUGCUCUGUGUGUGUGCAUUUCGGAUGGGUUAAAUGCAGAGCACAAAUUCUGAGUAUGGGUCACCAUACUUGGCUCAAUGUCACGUCACUUUACGUCACUUUUUUCUUGCUUACGGCUCUUAAAUUACUACUCUUGCAGACCAUAACUUGUCAAUAAUAAAAUAUAUACAUAUUAAAGUUAACAAAAGUUAUAUCAAAGUACAAUAGAAAAGUUACAAAAUCAAGGUAUAAUCAGCUGUUAUCAGGCGUCGAGGGAUACUUUGCUUGUUCAGUAUCCGUCCGUCGAGUCUCUCUCUCAGUCUUUUAUACACAGACGUCGAGCGCUGUUUCUUCUGAUGUCAUCACCUGGAGUGCUGCCAACUCCUCUGCCGAGGCUUUCAGUUGUUUACUUCGCAUUGCUUUAGUCCUUUUCUCAGUGGUGGACGAAGUACACAAAUCAAGUACUUGAGUAAAAAUACAGAUACGUAUAGUAAAAUAUUACUCCAGUAAAAGUAAAAGUACUCCUUUUUCAAUUUAAUUCAAGUGAAAGUACAAAAGUACUAAUUUUUUUAUGUACUUAAGUAAAAGAGUACUGAAAGAUAGAUGUUUGCAAUUUUAUAUAGGCUACUUACUUUAAUUUUAUAUUAGCAGAUAUUUUUUUUAAUAAUCCCACUGCUCAAAAUACCUGGGAUUUUUUCCAAAAUAACCACUAUAUGGAGUCAAGAUAUAUUUUUGUUGUUGAUAUGGACUACGCCGAUGAGAGUAAUGUUGACUGUGAAGCUUACACUGUGAUGUACCUGAGAGAAAACAGAGAUGACCGUCUGAUUUUUUUUUUACUUCUCAAAUCUUGUCUGUGGUGUAAAAACACCCCUGGCCAAACGGGGUGCAUCCCUUCCCACUUUGAUAAUUACUGUAGUUACUAUAUUCUGAACAUCACAUCCUUACUUUUGUCCCUAGAUGUAAUCUCUCUCUCUCUAUAUAUAUAGGUGGUUGAAUAAAAAUAUUUGGACAUUAUUUAUAAAAAUUACCUCAAGUUAGCACCAGCAAGCUUGUUAGCUAGACAGUUAGCAUCAGCUAACAAUAUUUACUGAUUUUCAGUACGGUUAUGAAUAAACAUUCAUGCCUGUCUACUCGUCUAGUUAAUCCAAACAAUAUACAUAUGUAUAACCUUACUGUUGAUAAACAAUAUAAAAACGGACGUCACAUAGGACAUGGUAGCAUUUUAAUAAAACAGUUAAUAUUACGGCAGCGGGGAAUUUGAACAUGCACGAGUUAUUUUAUUUAAUCUGUGUUAGUUUAAUGGGUUUUUUUUUAAAAAAUGUUUUACCUAAAACACAGAGCAGCUGAUUGAUGUGUCUGCAUCGUCUGCACUCGAGCAUUUCAGUGGGCUUAAACAGAUCACUCUUUACAGCGGAUUUAGUUCCCAAACAACUGACAAUUUUGACCUUAAUAUGAUUUUCAGUGACAAUAAUUAAUCCUAAAUGUCGACAUUAAUAUACUUUUAGCAACAUCAGACCAUACCUGUCAAGUUUUGGAUUUGAAAAUAAGGGAAAUUUUCCAGCGCCCAUUGCGAGCAGUCCCACCACCCCAACAAAGCUCCAGUAUCCCUUACAUUUUAAGACAGGUGUUAUAGCCCAAAUGAAAACACAAAAGGGUAUAUAUGAAGAGCAUUUAUUUAAAGGCUUAUUUGCAUAUUUUCUGUUAAUUUAACAUUGCUUGUUUUUACAUUUACAUUUUAUUUUAAUUCCACACAUUCUUUUCAUUUCAUAUUGCUUUUCUUUUACAGUUUUUCUUUUCAUUUCACAACUUUUCUUUUACUCUUUUAGUGAGUUGUUGUACCAAUUUGGUGCAGACUUUGCAUUCUUUAAAAAAGUAAAUUCGCUGUCCCAUUUAUCACGGUAUUUACACAUGGGUUUUGGUUUUUUGGCAGGUGUGCCUUCACUCUCUAUCGUAGCAUCCAUUAUCCGUCUCUGUUUUUUCUUUUGUUGUUGUUGUUUUUCCCACGUUAUAACUCAUGUCAUCUGACCUCACACACCCCUCGCGACAGGCUACUACAGGUGGGAGUUAUCGCGAGACUAGUGACAGAGCUCAGAUUGGGAAUGUUUUUAUUAUUAUUAUUUUAUUAAUAACGCAGGUAAAAAAAAUAAAUAAAUAAAAAUACGGGAGAUUUACGGGAAAAUACUAAUACGGGAGGACGGCGGGAAAGAAGGGUAAAAUACGUGACUUUCCCGGCCAAAACGGGAUACUUGACAGGUAUGCAUCAGACGCACGCGCGCUCACAAGAUCUCCCGGUUCUUACUGACUCGCACUAAACGGUUCAUUUGGAUCAGUGAGUGGUCGACUCCAGAACAGCUGCAAUCGGAUCAUUCUAAUUCGUAAACGAAUCAUUUGGUGCGAUUCGCGAUCCGAUUUAAACGUUUAUUUUGAAAAGACUCAGUUCAUUCAUGAUGAAUCAGACACCGCUUCUGCGUGUCGGAGCACGUGAUAUUAUUAUAGGGAGUAACGAUAUGUUUUAUGAAAUGUAGUGAAGUUAAAAGUACGAUCUCAUGCUUUGGAAUGUAGUGAAGUAAAAGUUAAAGUUACUCAAAAUAAAACUAGGUACUUUUACUUCAUAACAAUUUACUGGAGAAAAAAAUUGUUAUUUUUGGGGUAUUUGUACUUUAUUAAUGUAAAAUGUAAACGGAUGACUUGUACUUGUACUUGUACUUUUACUUCAUACCAAUUUACUGGAGAAAAAAAUAUUUUUGGGGUAUUUGUACUUUAUUCAUGUAAAAUGUAAACGGAUGACUUGUACUUUUACUUCAUACCAAUUUACUUGAGGAAAAAAAUUUGGGGGGUAUUUGUACUUUAUUCAUGUAAAAUGUAAACGGGUGACUUGUACUUGUACUUUUACUUGAUGCAAUUUCUGGAGAAAAAAAGCUGUUAUUUUCCACAUUAAAUAUGGUAAACAGAAACAACUUUUGAUGUGAAAGAACCAAUAAGGUUUUUGAUAUAGGCCUAGCUGUUUGUUAGCUGUGGUAUAUUGGCUGAAUGCACAAAAUGACUGAGUGCAAAUACUAUCAGUGAAGAGAAUUUAAAUACAUUCAUGUUUUGGUGUAGGGAUGACAGCUUUUUUUUAAUGAAAUGUUAAAGAUGUCCAAAAUGUGUUUAAAUGAGCAUUGUUUGUUAUAUUAAUUAUAAAUCAUGUUUAGUGAUGUUCUUACUAGGGAGUGGACUUUUUACACCCCAGGCUAUUUGCAAUAGUUACUAUUUACUAUUUUUCAGUGUGUUUUUUAGUAAUUGUAAAAAAAGAAAGAAAAAAAAAACAGGUCUUCCAACACCACUGUAUCAAUAAUGAUGUUAAUGUAUGGAGCCCACAACAAUAAAAACAUUUGUAGAUAAUGACAAGUUAGAUUUCAGUGAGAUUUUGACAACUUAACUAGAAAAUGUCCCUGGUUUUCUUUUCAGAAAUCUGGUCACCUUAUCUUAUUUGUUCCUGACUUUGGGCAAAUAUUUAAUUCAUGUGAUGUGCUGUAGUGUAUGACUUAUGCAUUUAUCUGAGUAAAGUGUGCUUGAUGGUAUUUGCUGGUACUUUGCCUCCUUAAUACAUCAUUUAAAUUGGAGAAAAAGUUAUGUAAAUGAACAUUGUUGUGUUUCUCAAAUAAAGAGAUUCUUUCUCAUGAA